CGUAAUAAUAAGCACCCACCCACCCACGAAUCCGAGUCGAGAAUCUCUCCCCCCACUAAUCCGAUCUGCACUCUUUUUACGCGUCCGCCGCCGCUGCAUACUCUUACCAUUUGGCUUGGCUUGGCUUGGCUUGGCUUGGCUGGCAGGCAGUUCCCUCCCUCCCUCCCACAAAGUCUGGCACGUUCCAAUCCAAUCCACUCCGGCAACGGCAAGCAAUCCCCAUUCCCCACACACAUUCAUCUCCUCCAUCCCCAUCACCCUCUCUGUCUGUUAUUCAUCGUUUCCGGCCGGAUUCACACCCACGCCCCUUCUUUUCCUUCCUCCCUCUCUCCCAGCCCAACCCAACCCAACCCAAUAUACAAUACAAUACAAUACUAUUGCCCCUUUAUCUUCUCCUCAAGAUUCAUUAUCUCCGCUGCUUCCAUCCACUUUGCUUGGAGUUGCUUGUUUCAACGCCUCUACCUUCUACCCAGAGCAGAGUCAGAGCCUCCUGCUUCUUCUUUCUCUCUCUUUUUCAUUUUCUUUGCCCCCUUUUUGCAAAAUAUAUUUCCUUUCCGCCGCUAAAGCAAAAUAUCAAAAUCUCCAUCCAAUCCCUUUUCUUUUCUUUUUUUUUUUCUCGCAAACAAUGUCAAUAUCAAUGUCGCGCUUUCGUCCUUUCUUCUUCCAUCUAUUAUUAUUCCUCUGGGGCUUCGGAGUUUUGGAUCAAGGCGAGGGCCUUGGUGUGAACUGGGGUACCAUGGCUGCCCACAAGUUGCCCCCCAAAGUGGUGGUGCAAAUGCUCAAAGACAACGGAAUCACCAAGGUGAAGCUAUUCGAUGCGGACGACUCCACCAUGAGCGCCCUCGCUGGCACCAAUAUUGAGGUCAUGGUUGCAAUCCCUAAUGACAUGCUUUCUGCCAUGGGCAACUUUGAUCGAGCCAAGUCCUGGGUCAGGCGUAACAUCACCCGUUACAAUUUCAACGGCGGCGUAAAUAUCAAGUAUGUGGCAGUAGGCAACGAACCAUUCCUUACGUCCUAUAAUAACUCCUUUGUGAACACAACGUUCCCAGCGCUUCAGAACAUUCAAAAUGCUCUUAAUGAUGCAGGAUAUGCCGACUCCAUCAAGGCAACCGUGCCUUUGAAUGCAGAUGUGUAUGGUUCGCCAGAGGGCAACCCAGUCCCAUCAGCUGGGAGAUUUCGCCCGGAUAUCCUUGGUCAGAUGACACAGAUUGUUCAGUUCUUAAACCAAAACAAGGCCCCCUUUACGGUGAAUAUAUAUCCUUUCUUGAGUCUCUAUGCCAACGAACAUUUUCCCUUCGACUACGCCUUCUUUGAUGGGGUAAGCAACCCUAUUGUGGACAACGGACUGCAGUACACCAACGUCUUUGAUGCCAAUUUUGACACCUUGGUUUCGUCCCUGAAAGCACUUGGUUAUGGUGACAUGCCCAUUUUCGUGGGGGAGGUGGGGUGGCCUACAGAUGGGGACAGGAAUGGCAACAUAAAUAACGCCUUGAGGUUCUACAGAGGGCUUUUACCUAAACUUGCAAGUAAUAGAGGAACCCCUCUUCGCCCUGGUUAUAUAGAAGUUUACUUGUUUGGGCUUCUUGAUGAGGAUGGAAAGAGUGUAGCUCCAGGUAACUUCGAGCGCCACUGGGGAAUCUUCAGAUAUGAUGGACAGCCUAAGUUCCCCAUGGACUUGUCGGGACAGCAAUUGGAUAAGUAUCUGGUGGCUGCAGAAAAUGUGAAAUAUCUUCCAAAGCAGUGGUGCAUGCUUAGGCCGGAUGCCAAGGACCUAAGCAAACUCGCAGAAAAUAUUAAUUUUGCCUGCACAUACGCCGACUGCACUCCGCUUGGGUAUGGCUCCUCCUGCAAUGGGUUGGAUGCCAACAGCAAUGCGUCGUAUGCAUUCAAUGAGUAUUUCCAGGCCCAGAAUCAAAAGGAUCUGAGCUGUAAUUUUCAAGGUCUAGCCGUGGUAACAAAUCAAAAUAUAUCUCAAGGCAACUGUAAUUUCACCAUCCAGAUAGUUGCUGCGACCUCGAGCGCGCCCCCUUCAAGAUUGUUGUUGAAACAGGGACAGGGGUUUUUGGUUCCUCUGGCAUUGGUUGUAAUAUUAUUGUUCCUAUAGGUAGUGAUUGAGAUUUCCCUUUGUAGAUACCUUACAGGAAGUGCAGUGCUGCUGUUUUUGUUGGCUUUAUGAUUUAUUGGUGAUUUAUUUGGAUUUAUAGCUCCUCCUUAAAUUAUCAAGUGUCCAUUUCUUA